AUGCCUGAACCCGCCAAGUCCGCGCCAGUGUUGCCAGGUAAGGGCUCCAAGAAAGCCGUGACCAAGACCGCGGGGAAAGGCGGCAAGAAGAGGAGAAAGAGCAGGAAGGAGAGCUACGCCAUCUACGUGUACAAGGUGCUGAAGCAGGUCCACCCCGACACCGGCAUCUCCUCCAAGGCCAUGGGCAUCAUGAACUCGUUCGUCAACGACAUCUUUGAGCGCAUCGGCUCCGAAGCGUCUCGUCUGGCUCACUACAACAAACGCUCCACCAUCACCUCCAGGGAGAUCCAGACCGCCGUGCGCCUCCUGCUGCCCGGGGAGCUGGCCAAGCACGCCGUGUCCGAGGGAACCAAGGCCGUCACCAAGUACACCAGCUCCAAGUAGACCAACACCCAAUACAAACCAACGGCUCUUUUCAGAGCCACACACCCAAUCUGCAGAGCAUGAAAC